AUGUCUGGUCGCGGUAAAGGAAACAAAGUCAAGAGUAAGUCCAAGACCCGUUCAAGCCGUGCUGGACUCCAGUUCCCAGUCGGUCGUAUGCAUCGUAUGUUGCGCAAAGGAAAUUACGCAGAACGUGUUGGCGCUGGUGCUCCAGUCUACCUCGCAGCUGUCAUGGAAUAUCUGGCCGCUGAAAUUCUCGAGUUGGCAGGCAACGCUGCUCGUGACAACAAGAAGUCUCGUAUCAUCCCACGUCAUCUCCAACUGGCCAUCCGUAACGACGAAGAGUUGAACAAACUUCUCUCUGGAGUCACCAUAGCUCAAGGUGGAGUCUUACCCAACAUCCAAGCUGUCUUGUUGCCCAAGAAAACCGAAAAAAGCAGCUCUUAA